AUGGGAGAAGAAGUCCUGAAGGGUUUGGUGGUUCUGGUUCACUAUGCCAUCACCCUGGAGGUGGACAGUGGCGGCAUCUCCAGUGACACACUGAACUUCAUCACUCUGCACAACAACUUGCUGGAAAAGACCGACCCCACUGCCCCUGAGGACCCCACCGUCGUCAACACCAUCACCGAUUUCCGCAACUACUUCAUCACAGAGGCGCAGAAGAAAGACGAUUUCCUGAUCAACAGCAGCGUGAGCACUGAGGCCAGCCCGCUGCAGCUGGAGAACGCAGAGAACAUGUUGCCUUCAAGAAUCCCUACGAGCCAGCCGGACACUACCUACGACAACAUGGACAAUGUCCUGGCUUCCGAGAAGCCACCCGAUGCUCCCAGCCAUGAAGGCGACGGCAGCGAUGAGUUCUCGAAAACAGAAGACUUCCUGUUUGACCCCUUUGACACGUGGAAGGGUCAGCAGAGCAAGACAUCAAGCAAGAAUGACGUCUUCAUGUUUGAAGAGAGCAACACCCCUCCUGUAGUGGCUGGAUACCUCGAAAAGACGUCUGACAGUAAACCUGGCAAACAAGGCUAUUUUGGAAACAAUGAAGGUGAGGGGUUUUUCUUCAGUAAUGCUCCAGACGUUAGAGCCGAUACUCCCCGAGGGGGCCGCGCGGUGAGGCCUGGAGCCUCCACCUCCUCCCCAGUCAAACCUCAACCCUCUCCAGACCCUGAGGUCACACUGGACGACGGUUCUGGUUCCGCUGGAGACGGUCAGGCGGAUGAUCUCUGGACCAGGCGGCCGACACUGACCCCUGGUGAGGGUGAUGGCAGCCUGGAAGUGCCACCACCACCUGCAAUGGAGAGAACUGAGGAGGACGAUGGCAAUGAGGAAGAGCUGCAAGCCAGAGACGGCAAUUUCAUUCCUGUCAUGGUUGAGCCCACACAUGCUGCAUCUUUAGAGAUGACAACCGAGCCUCCAUUUGUGGACUUGAAGGAGGAGGAAAUCAUUGAUGAACCUUAUUUGGACUGGGUCCUAGUUACACCGAACGUCGGCACAGAUUUACUGCAGAAGACCACGACUCAGGCACCUGUUUUCUCUUCCGCAGGAACCGUGAUGGUCGAGCUGUCUGUGCAAACAGCGGCAACCCCCAGCGUCUAUGACGACGUGUACUCAGUGGCAUCCCACACUGUAACUACGUUAAUCACAAAUUCUCCUCAAACUGGAGCUUGGACGAACAAAACCCCAGUUUUUGCGAAACUUACCGAAGCAGCAACGGAGUCUCGAGAAAUCACAGAUAAACUACCCCAAAUGGAAAACACUACUGAGGCAGGGGUCAGUGUUUCUGUGGUUACACUUAGUCCUACAGCAAAAGAACCUGAGACUGAGAUAAAAAACAUCAGUGAACCUGAAGUACACAAAGUCUCUGAUACCAACACUUCUCAAGGAGCCUCGUACCAUUAUCCAAGUGCAAUCAGUCACCAUUAUGGGUCGGACAUUGAUUUACAAACCAAAGAACCACCAGAAAUCCAAACAUUUACUGAAAAACCCAAGUUGCUGUCACCAGAAAGCGUUCUCCAUGGUGACGUAGAGAUUUUUGAGGAGCAACAUAUUGACAUCCCUGAUGCAACCACAACCUCAUUACCGGAUGACGAAGUCCCAGAUGAGGAUCUGACUGUGGAUGAAGUCAUGGUCAUCGCACCGACAACGGCUGCCCCCAUUCAUUGCCCAGAAGACGAGGAACCUAUCCAUCAAGAGGAGAAAUAUCGUGAAGAUAUAUCCUCGAGUAUUCCCUCUUCACUGUGUCUCAUUUAA